CUGAAGAUACUAAAGAAGAGAUAGUUCUUCUGCUAACAACUUGUGAGGAAAUAAUUAUCUGCCUCCUCAGGAUUAGAAGAUCUGUUUAUUCUUAGUGUCUUCUAAAAUAAAAUUAGAAUGAAUUGGGAUGAUGAAUAUUCUCAUAGUUCUUUUGACCUACAUUGUUUGUUAAACUCAUUUCCUGGAGACUUGGAGUUUGAGCAGAUCUUCAGUGACAUUGAUGAAAAGAUUGAACAAAAUGCUGCAAGCAUAGAACAUUGCAUUAAAGAGAUACAGUCCAAAAUUAACAAACAAUGUCCGGGUGUGCAGCUGCAAACACCAACUGACUGCUUUGAAUGGCUAACUCACUAUAGUUACAGUACAUCCAAGUCAUCUUUCAUUCCACAUGGAGAUUUGACAAAAUUCCUCAAAACACUGGAAAAUUUGUUGAAGAAUGAACAGAAUCAAGAAGAAAUGAUGCUGGAUUUACUUUGGGACCUCUCCUGCCACAGCAGCGUUUCAUUCCCAUCGACUCUAAGUGGAACAUCUUUCCAUUUCCUCUCUAGGACGUCUCUUCAUUCUGUUGAAGAUAAUUCCUCUAUGGAUGUCAAGUCUAUAUGGGAUGAUAUAAGACUACAUCUUCGACGAUUCUUAGUGAGCAAAUUACAAAGCCAUAAUGAAAUAAGCAAUUCACAGCAAAAAAUUUUAUUGAAAAAGCAGUGCUUACAACAACUCUUGUUUCUUUAUCCAGAAUCUGAAGUUAUAAUCAAAUACCGAAACAUACAGAAAAAACUGUUGGCUAAUCUUCUGCAGAACUGCGUUCCUUCUUACAACAGAGAUUCAAAUUUAGAUAUAAUAGUUAAUGGAUAUCAAAGUACAAUGCUUAAGUUAUACUCAGUAAUAAAAGAGGAUUUUAACACACUAUGUGAAAUUUUAGCUCCAUCCUCAACAGUGAAAUUCAUUAAAGAAACUUACCUGGAUACUGUUACAGAAGAAAUGGCAAAAUUUCUUGAAAAUUUUUGUGAGCUGCAGUACAGAGAAAAUGCUGUUCGUGUGGUUAAAACAAGCAAGAGCUCCAGCAAGCAUAGAAGAGCAGUGCAUGCUUUGGUUACCCCUGAAUGCCCACAAAAAGGAAGAAAGUUCUCUCUCCCCUUAGACAAAGUUGAAUUCUUAUCAGAGCUCAUAAAAUCCUUUUUGAAACUGGAAAAAGGUGUUCAAGAAUUGUUUGAAGAACUACUUUUAUCACUCAAGAUAACCAGGAAGCAUUCAGGAAUUUUGGAGAAAUCCAAUAGAGAAGUUGUAAUAGAGAAACCUAGAGCAAACAAAACUAAUAUUUCUUCAGAGGAAUUGCUACCAGGAAAAGAGGCUAUUUUACUAGAUUUUGACUGGAGAAGUACAUUUAAAGAGGUGUCUCUUCCCAUGGCACACUGCAUAAUAACUGCAAUUGAAAGUUUUUCUGAAAAAAUUCUUCAGCAGGAACAAAAUGAAAGGUCUUCAGCUGUGAGUUAUACUAUGAACCUUGUAAAUGUCCGGCAAGUUUGGCAAGAUAGUCACAUGUUUCCUGAGGAGGAACAACCAAAGAAAAUUGGAAAAUUUUGUUCUGACAUCAUGGAAAAACUUGACACAAUGCUUCCACUGGCUCUGGCAUGCAGAGAUGAUUCUUUUCAGGAAAUUAGAGCAAACUUGAUGGAAGCCUGUUGUAAAGUGGCAACAGCUGUCCUGCAGAGACUGCAAGAGAGAGCCAAGGAGGUUCCUUCCAAAGCUCCCCUGAAAAACUUGCACACACUCCUCUCCACAGCGGUGUAUGUCUUCCAGUAUUUCAAGCAAUAUGAUAAUUUGAUGAAGGAAAUUACUAAAAAACCCAUAUUCCUGGUGCCUGUCCAACGAUAUCAGGAAUUCAUCAACGCUCUACAGUUUCAGGUUACGAACUACUGCGUCAGAGUUUGUGCUACAAGCAUUUUACAGGAUGCUGAGAGCCACCACUGGGAUGACUACAAAGCUUUUUAUGAGGGGGAAAGAUGUUCCUUCUCGAUCCAGAUGUGGCAUUAUUUCUGCUGGGCUCUUCAUCAUGAUCUCUGGACCAUUCUGCCUCCUAAGUUAGCCCAGGAGAUUCUAGCAGAAGUGCUGGAGAAAUCUUUGGGUCUACUUGCCUCCAGAUAUGCCCGGGCUCACCCCAGCCAUAAGAGAACUCCACAGUUAAGACUUGAUGUCACAACAAUUUUAAUAUGCACUGAGAACAUGUUAUGGUCAGUUUGUACAUCUGUACGAAAACUUUUGAAUCCUCAUGAGCAUACAGAUAAUACAAUUUUUAAAAUUCAUACCCAUUGUAAUAAUCUGUUUACAACAUUAGUCAUUUUGACUUCACCAUUAACAGAAUUAUAUAAGACUUUUCAGCAUGGCCUGGAUGAGUCUGCUUCAGAUUCCUUAAAAUCAUUUUUUAAGCAACCAUUAUACUGGGUUUCUUGCAUAUCACAUUUCUACCCUUCUUUACUCAGGACUCCAUCAGCUGGAAGACUGAAAGCCGAAGGUCAAUUGAAACUGCUCUUAUCCCAGCCAGGUUGUAAUUGGAACUUGCUUCUGGAAACCCUACUGCAUCAUGACGGACUUUUGCUGAGAAUCUUGCUAAAAAGCUCAAAACGUACCUUUCAAGAACAAGUUUCUGACACAGAAAAUAACCUGAACCAAGAAUCCAGCUUGGUGGAAGCCAUCUUUAAAGUAUUGUACCAUUGCAGUUUUUCUCCACAAACGUUUGGAAAUGUUUUUGUGAGCUACAUGGAGGAAGAGCAGUUAUGGGACUUUUUGUAUAACAUCCCAGUCUCAAUGUGCACGGAGUACGAGCUAGAGGUCAUACGAUGCUUGAGAUUGGCACUGACCGAUGCCGUCAAGGACAUUGUACAGCAGAUAGUAUCUGUGAUGAGCUCUAGGAGAAACUGUGAGACAAACCUAAAUAAGCACAGUGUUCCUGAUUGUUUGCUUGAGAGCAUGCCAAAAGAAUGGAAUUACAGUCCAAAGGAAACUACAAGGAAAGAAUCAAGCAAAAGCUUCACAAGGCUUGCUGCUCAGGCAGUAUCUAUUGUAAUCAGCAAGUUACCUACGGUGAUUGCAUGUUUGUCUCCCCCAAUUAAAUACUUCUUUUUUCUGUCUGAGAGAAAAAUGUCAAAAAACUUUGUUGAAUUGAAGAAAGCUGGCCUGCUUGUCUGGAACUUGAUUGUAAUUAUAUGUCGGAUAUUUGAGGACGGAAACACUGUGGAACUUUUAACAGGUGCCUCCCUUGACAGAUGGAGUAAAGAAAAACUGGGUUUAAUUUGUAUGUGUUUGGAAAGCAUCAUGGGAGACCAGACAAGUAUCCCUAAUCAAAUGAUCCAAAAGGUCAUACAGAGCAUUGAGCAGCAGAAGCCCAACUGGAUUGAAUGCCAAUUGUUGAAAGCAAGGAAACUGAGCACUGAAUGUGCAUUUAUGACAAUGGAGAAAAGCGAGGCCUCACAAGAAGGAGAUAUUGCUCUUGAACUGACUGAGCAGAAAAUAAACACGAUGGUCCUGGAUCUCUGCCACAAACCAGGUGGCAGUGAGUACCUGAGGCAAAUUUAUCACAUCAUGCAGCUCAAUGAGGAAUAUUUAAAAGAGCAGCUGUUUUCUAUGAAUAGUUCAGAGGAAAAGCCAUUACCCAUCCGACCUUUAAAGACGACCUUGUGGAGUAUGGAAGAUCAGCCUUCUGCCUUUAACCCUUUUCAUGUGUAUAAGGCGUUUAGUGAAAACAUGCUAGAUCAGUCAGCCAUCACAAAAUGGAACUGGAAUUGGACAAACUUGCUGCCAAAUUAUCUGGGACUGGAUAAGAUGACCUUCAGUGUGCUGCUCAAAAACAGGUGGGAAAUGAAGAAGGAGGAAACACUAGAAGAGGAAGAAAAAGCAAUGCUGGAGCACUUAAAACAAAUUUGCACCAUACAGAGCUCUUCUGCCUCAGAUAACACAGAGGAACAGUAAUCUGCAGAAAACAGCAACAGCUUUAUUUUAGGAAACAGUCACAUGUAAUGGAGUAGGAUUUUUACUAGAGUCAGAAUGAACCUCAUGUGUGUUGUUAAGCAUGAAACCAAUGACCGAGUAAUCUCUGUACUGAAAAGGAAUACAGCACAUAAAGAAUAAGGUGCUACGUUUUUUUUUAAUUUUAAAAAUAAUUUCAAAUGUUUUUUCUUUCCCCAAUCUUUCUCUUUAUAUGAUAUAACUGCUGCCAUCUCGUGUUCCCUUUGAAUUAUUUUUUUUUCUCCUUUCAGUCUUGAAGUAUCUAUGACAACAGGCAAAAAUGUUUUUUAAGGAUUUUUUAGAUGCAGCAUUUGGAUGUUAAGUUGAGUGGAGUCACAUAGCCCCCUGAGGUCAUCUGAAAUUUUUAAUUUAAUUUUGUUGUAGCUGUAGCCCAAGUCCCACUCUUAAUUGCCGUUACUACCCACAACUGUGCCAGCUUUCCUCAUUCCGUUUAUCUAAUUAAAGCCAAAAAAAAAAAAAAAAGCAUUCUCCUGAUCUAUAAGUUUAGUCACACCUCUGCUUGUAGUGGUUUUCAGACUUCCUCCUAAAUCAGGUUCAACCUGCUACUCAAGGUCCUAUACGAAAUGGCUCCAUGUUCAGAUAAUUGCUUGCCAUACUCUUGGUUCAAGCCACAGACUUGCCAUUUUUUCCAACCAGAAUCCAUCUUCCUCCCAAAAUUAGUCACAAAACUCAUUCUAGCAGUCUUUAUCCAAAAGCUCAUUAUCUCAUUAUCCAUAAUCGGUUACUUAAAAAAAUUUCCAUUAUAUUGAUACACACACACACACACACACACACACACGCACACGAAUAAGAAAACAGAACAUAGUCUAGUACCCUCUCUGCCAAGGACAAUUAUAGAUAUUUAUUAUAUCCUUCCUAUCAGUGCCUGACAUUAGAUUAUGAAGACCUUGAAGAUCUUACGAUAUAAUGUGACGUCUCCAUUUAUGACUCCCUGUAUGCCUGCCACAUUGUUACUUCAUCAAGUGGGCAAUUAGUGAACACAAUUGAUUAAAUAGCUGCUAGUGAAGGAAAAAGACAACAAAAAGAAUUACAUAGUUGAGCAGUCUG